AUGGAGAACUCAACCCAAGUCAAGUUAUUUUAUAUUUUUGGCUUACAAGAGACAUUUAUCAACAAAUCGGUCUAUUUUACCUUGUCUCUUAUCACAUACCUUCUCAUCAUCACUGUGAAUCUGACUCUGAUCAUAACAAUCAUUCAGGAGAAAGGUCUCCAUGAGCCCAUGUAUAUCUUUCUGUGUAGUUUGUGUGUCAAUGGAUUGUAUGGAACUGCUGGUUUCUACCCCAAGUUCUUACUGGACCUUCAGUCAGAUGUUCAGGUGAUAUCUUAUGGUGGAUGUUUCACUCAAGCCUAUGUAAUAUACACAUCUGUCAUGUGUGAACUUUCUACUCUAACAGUGAUGUCUUACGACAGGUAUGUGGCAAUAUGUAGACCACUACUAUACCAUAACAUUGUGACAUCUUUAACUAUUAGAAAGUUACUCUUAUUGUCUUGGUGUUAUCCUUUAUUUAUAGCACUCAUAGCACUUAGUUUAGCUGUCAGAAUUCCUUUGUGUGGAUCUCGUAUUGAUAAACUCUUCUGUGACAUUCCGUCUAUACUGAAACAUGCAUGUUCACCCAUAACCAUCAACCAGAUUUUGAACAAAUUUGUAAUAGUGGUUCAUGUUUUACAGAUACUAUUCAUUGUAUUUUCUUACUUUACCCUGUUUGACACAUUGCAAGGAUGGAAUAGUAGUGUAAAUAUUACGCUCAAUAUGCGUAAUGCAAUGGCUGUGCAAUUCCUUGUUAUACCACCUGUCUUUAACCCUGUCAUAUAUGGACUUAACCUCCAGCAGAUUCGAAGGGCCAUUUUUAGAAAGUGUAAUGCACAUAAAAUCAUUGAUAUGAGACGUUAG